AUGUUCGUCCUGCCGUUCAUGCCCACUGUCCCAGCGCAUCAGCCGGAGGUUGAAUGCCCAUCUCCGGCGGAUGGCGCCGGCGAUGUCGCGGCCGGGACGGUGCUGAUCGGCGGGUCGUCCUGCAAGCCAACCCCGGGGGUCGUGCUGCUGACGACCGAGCGGGCCGAUGCAAUGCCGAGGUGGCAGUGGGCGUGGCGGCCGGAGGAAGGGCCGGAGGAGGAGGCCGUCAGCGAGGAGCGCGCGGACACGCUGGCCGAGUUGCAUGGCCGCGGGAUCCUGGACAGUGGCUUCCCCAAGUGCAGCGGGGAGUCCAUGGAUGCCAAUGUGGGCGAGGCGAGCUGCCUGACCGCGCCGGAUCCCGCCCCAGAGGACGCGGGCGGCCGCCUGACCAGGAAGCGCGGUCGCCGGGCGUCCUGGUCCGCCGGUUUUCCGGGUUUCAAGGAGGACGUCGCGCGCGAUGAGCGCCGCAAGGAGCGCAACCGCCGCGCGCAGAAGACGUUCCGGGAGAAGCAGAAGCGGCGGAUAGCCGCGCUGGAGGGCGAGACGGUCAGCCUGAGCGCCUCGGUACGAUCUCUGGAAGUGGAGAACGCCCAGCUGACGAACGAGAAUGCAAUCCUGAAGGACUGCUUGCAGCAGUCCCAGCAGAGGCAAACAGGGGGUGAUUCUGGCGAGCCCAUGGACGUCAGGCCCAGCGCAAAUUAA